AUGCAGGCAGUAGAAGUUCGACAUUGCACUUCGUCGAAGUGCACCAGGCAAGAUGAUGAUUUGAUGGUGUCUUGCGACAAGUGCAAACGAUGGUGGCAUUAUGAUUGUCAUAGUUUUGAUCCCGACAAAUAUGACACGUUAACUCCAUGGUUCUGCGAAGAAGAUGAUUGUGUCUUUCAAGAAGACAGUACUUCCCAAGAUGUGAGUCACAGAGAGUCUUUGGCUGCAUUAGCAAAAGAAGAUGAUGUUGUUCAAAAUGUGGAUAUUAUUAUUGAAGCUGCUGCUGUUGCGCAAGCUGCUGUAGCACAAAGAGACAAAGAGUUGGUUGAGCUCCGAGCUGAACUUGCUGAGACAAAGUUUAAACUUUCAAAAGCCUCUUCUGCUCUUCCCUCCGGCUCUAAACCUCUAAAACCAUCUGUAAAUGCUACGAGUUCGACUAAGCUGGAAAUAAUUAAAAAAAUUCAAGCGAAUCACAAAGCACUGCUAAGCAAAGAGACAAAGACCUCUUCUGCUCUUCCCUCCGGCUCUAAACCUCUAAAACCAUCUGUAAAUGCUACGAGUUCGACUAAGCUGGAAAUAAUUAAAAAAAUUCAAGCGAAUCACAAAGCACUGCUAAGCAGUACAUUAAAACAAAACAUCGAUCAAAAUCAGUCUUCACCGUUUCGAGAUAUUCCUCCUAAGGAUUCAGGGGCUCGUGAUAGUUGUUUCCGAGACCAAGAUAUGGCAACGCUUCUCACAAUUCUUAAUCGCAACAAUGUGCAAGAAUUACCAAGUUUCUCUGGCGAGAAUAAAAGGGAAUGGCCAUACUUUGAAGAGGUCUACAAAUCGACCACAAUUGAGGGAAGGUACAGCGAUAAAGAGAACGUUGCUCGUUUAAGAAAAGCAUUGAAAGGGGAGGCAUAUCAUAUGGUGAGUGAUAGAUUGAAGUAUUCAUCAGACGCAGAUGCAAUAAUGGACUCGCUGCGCACAAUGUUUGGGCGUUCAGAUGUUCUUGUCCAUGAUUUGACUGCCGAGUUGUUGAACCUCCCAAAACUUUCGUCAAAAUGUGAUCCAAAGCUUCGCAUAUGGGCUGUCAAAAUUAAUGGGUUCGUAGCAGAUUUGAAAUCUAUAAAUAAAGAAGAAGACCUGACAAAUGGGUACGUUUUAACUUGUCUGGCUUCGAGGUUAGGUGCAAGUCUCUACCAAGAAUGGCAAAAACGGAAGUCAGGUUUAUUGAAUGUCAGUAUUCAACAAUUUGCCGAGUUCUUAACAGAGAAAGUUAUUGACCUACCACCUGAUUUAUUGAAGGUUGGAUCUGAACAAAAGAAAGCUGUCAACAAAACAUCCAGAGUCCUCUUACACCAACCUGCUUCUGUGUCUACGAACGAUUUGUGUUGCAAGUGUAGUAAAAAAAAGCAUGUUUUAUCUGAAUGCGAUGAGUUUUUGGCGUUGACACCGAUUGAAAGACAAGCUUUUGCUCAGGAGAAGUCUAUUUGUUUUACUUGUCUGAAUCCAUCUCGACAUCAAUGGAAAGUGUGUGCCAAAAAACGUUCAUGUGGUAUUGAAGGUUGCAGUAGACGUCAUCAUCCAUUGUUGCACACGUCAGCAAAUACUAGUAGCACCGAAUUGAAUUCAUUAGCUGUGCCGUUUGUACCGCAACCACAUAUUCAUUCAUCUCACGUUGGGUUUGAUGUGUCUAUAUUGUUUAAAAUAGUCCCCAUCCGGAUUUAUGGCAACGGUGACCUAUUUGUAGACACAUAUGCUUUCUUGGAUGACGGUUCUUCCUUGUCGAUGGUUGAUGAAGAACUGUUUCAUGAACUUGGUUUGAAUGGGCAAUCUAAAAAACUCACAUUACAAUGGACAAAAGGCGUUUCUCGAGUUGAAGAUUGCAAGAAAACUACUUUUUCUGUUUCUGGUAUACAAACUCGCAAGAGGUAUGUUUUGCAGAACGUAUACACAAUCAAGAAUCUAGGGCUGGCUAGCCAGUCCAUCGAUGUUACGCAUUUGAAAAGUUUAUAUCCGCAUCUCAGAGGACUGCCACUUGUUGAUUUGGUGGACGCUCGACCGAAAAUCCUGCUUGGCUUGGAUCAGGCGAAAUUUCUGUUAGGUCGAGGCCAACGCCAUGGCAAGGAUGACGAACCACAUGCCUUAAAGACACUUUUAGGCUGGAUAGUGUACGGCAGAUCAGCUCCGUCAAUGGCUCUAUCCUGUUUGGAGCCAGCAUCAAAACCUUCUAUGAGAGUCAUGUUUCACGAAGCCAUAAGAGAGGAAGCAGACCUGCACGAGCUUGUUCGUCAUCAUUUCACCACUGAAGAAUUCGGUGUUAUGGCCCCAAAAGGUGAAUUUGUUAGCAGAGAAGUAAGUCGAUCCAUAGAUAUUAUGGAACAGUCUUUAAAGCAAGUGGGUACACAGUAUGAGAUUGGUCUUCUGUGGACUUCAGAUGAUGUAAAACUUCCCGACAGUUUUGGUAUGGCAUUCAAACGCCUUAUUUCUUUGGAGAAGUCUUUAAAGAAGAAUCCCCGACUUAUGGAAUGGCAGAACAACUAUUUUCGCGAAUUGCUCACAAAAGGCUAUGCCAGAAUUGCGUCGCAAGAAGAAUUGAAAAAGGAUUGGCCUAGGGUGUGGUACGCACCAACGUUUAUUAUAGUUAAUCCUAACAAGUCUCCUCCAAAGCCGAGAUGUGUGGCAGAUGUGGCGGCUAAAGUCAAUGGCGUCUCUUUGAAUACUUAUUUAUCAAAGGGACCUGAUAAUUUAGUUCCACUGCAUGCGGGUCUGUUCAAGUUCCGAGAGCGUGAAGUAGCGGUGAAUGGUGAUGUGCGAGAGAUGUUUCAUAGAAUUCGCAUAAAGGCCGAAGACCAACAAUGCCAACGUAUUCUGUGGCGAGAUGGAGACACAACUAGGCAGCCAACUGUUUAUAUCAUGGAAGUAAUGAUGUUUGGGCCAAGGUGUUCCCCAUCCUGCGCGCAAUAUGUAAAAAAUGUUCACGCCAACCGUUUUAAAGCUGAGUGUCCCGAAGCGGUUGAUGGGCUAACAAAACGGACAUAUGUCGAUGACUAUUUUAAUAGCCACAACUCUAUGGAAGAAGCCGUAAAAGUCACGAAAGAUGCCUUGCCAGAUGCCGGAGGAUAA